AUCAUCACCGCCCAGGAUCUCUCUCUAUCUUAUCUCGUACCACUUUGUGUAUCCUGCACGAAUGAUGACCCUUUUUGUUUCUACAUACCCCAGUUGAUUCAUUUUGUGAAGAAUACCCAACGAAUUCUCCAAUACCCUUCGAAGACAACUACAAUAGCACCUUACCUUCAACACUCACGCGCCAGCAUACCCCCUCCCUCCUCUCUCCGCACCCCCCCUCCUUCGCCGGACUUACCUCUAUUACAUACGAACAAACCCUCGAAAGACAACCAUGACCAUGAGCUCCUCACGUCAGAUCCAAUCCUUAUCCACAAUAUCAACGGAGAAACCCCCCUUUCAAUUCCCUCCAACAUACUCCUUCCCACCAUUCUUCACCCCGCAACCAAACACCUCCACACGUCACUCCCAGCUCGAGAAAUGGUCUGCUCUGAUCCAAUCUUGGUGUCGGUAUUAUCGGAUAUUCAAACUAUCGUUAGUCGACGCUGUCGAGACGCCUCUUUUCCAUAAUGCGGCGUUGAAGAAGAGGGUCAGUCUGAGUGAAGCGCGCGCAAUCGUGGAUUGGAUGGCACGUGCGGACGAGGAUGGCGGUGGAGGAAAGAGAGCGGAGUGGGUGGAAGGUUUGGCCGGGAAGGAGAAGACAUUGGCAUGGAUUUGGUGGAGGAGGCCUGAGGAGUGGGCGGCGUUGAUUGCGGGUUGGGUUGAGGAAACAGGUCAGAAAAACACGGUGUUGACUCUGUAUGAAUUGAUGGAAGGUGACGGGACAAGAUCACAAGAAUUCCACGGACUAGAUCCCGAUAUCAUGCUAAGAUCCCUCAACGUCCUAGUCAAGCAGGGAAAGGCACAGGUCUUUGGCAAUGAAGGCCAAGAAGGUGUCAAGUUCUUUUAAACAAACAUGAAUAGCGGCAUAAUUAUAUACACCGUGCAGUGCCUUCAAAAAAACUUGCAGUUGGGUAUUCAUACAGCAAACUAAGAAAAGGGACGAAGCAAAUAUUGUGGUUGCAACAAAACAGGAAACCGACCGCCAAAUACACCAUAUC